AAUUUCUUCACCUCAUUCCUGAGACAGUACUGCGCCCACCCCUUGUGUAAGCAAUUUAAACCUGAUAGCAAACGAUCAUCUGCCUAUCUUUACACUGUAAAUAUCUGUUAACUUUAGAUAGACCCAAUAUCUCAUGCGCUUCCAACAUCUAUUGCGCUUCUUUACCAUUAUCGUUGUCAUAUAACCGUUAUGGUUUUUAUGUACGAAGAUCCGUCCGGGCGGUAAACCUCUUAUGAUUAUCGAUUUUUAAUUCAAGACAAAGCAGAACUUUGAUUUGUGCAAUCGAGAAGCUGUCAAGACUCCAGUCUGACGCGCGCCUGUGUUCUUGUCUACUCAUGGAAAUGCUUAGUACAAGUGCCUGAAUGUGCACACCGAUACAACUUAGUAAUAUGAACUUAUUGCCAAGUGGAAUAUGUUUUUAUUUAUCUGUAGCAAUCUGCUGGCUAACGUCAAGGGUCGACGGAUCUUGGUGGUACAUGGGUACCCUUGGGUCGCAAGUGAUGUGCGACAACAUCCCAGGGUUGGUCAACAAACAGCGGCAUCUGUGCCGCCAGCAUCCCAACAUUAUGCAGGCGAUCGGAGCCGGGUUUAAAGGCUGGAUCGGAGAGUGCCAACAUCAGUUUCAGAACCACCGCUGGAACUGCAAUACCAUAGCGAGAGACCACAAUGUGUUCGGACGCCUACUGCUGCGUAGCAGUCGUGAAGCAGCCUUUGUGUACGCCAUCUCCUCGGCCGGGGUGGUCCACACCCUGACCCGAGCCUGCAGCCAGGGAGAGCUGCAGUCGUGCUCCUGCGACCCCACCAAGAAGGGCUCGUCCCGGGACGCCAAGGGGGCGUUCGCCUGGGGCGGCUGCAGCGACCACGUGGAGCACGCCAUGAGGUUCAGCCAGGCCUUUGUAGACGCCAAAGAGCGGAAGGAGAGAGAUGCCAGGGCUCUGAUGAACCUUCACAACAACCGCGCCGGAAGGAAGGCGGUGAAGCGGUUUAUGUCUCUGGAGUGUAAGUGUCACGGCGUGAGCGGCUCCUGCAGUGUCCGGACCUGCUGGCUGGCCCUGGCCGACUUCCGCCGCACGGGCGACCACCUGCGGCGCCGCUACAACGGGGCAGUGCAGGUGGUCAUGAACCAGUAUGGCACGGGCUUCACCACCGCACAGCAACACCUCAAACGGCCCAGCAAGAACGACCUGGUCUACUUCGAGGACUCGCCAGACUACUGCAUAAGAGACCAAGAUUCCGGUUCGGUGGGGACAGGCGGGCGGGUAUGCAACAGGACGUCUCGCGGCGUGGACAGCUGCGAGGUGAUGUGCUGCGGCCGGGGCUAUGACACGUCGCACAUCAGCCGCACCACCAAGUGUGAGUGCAAGUUCCACUGGUGCUGCGCUGUACACUGCCGGGACUGCAUCCUAGAGGUGGAUGUGCACACCUGCAAGGCCCAGACGUGACCAUAGUGAACCACCAUCCAACCGCUUGCGCAGAGUCUGUCUGAAAUGGCAGCCUAUUCCCUAUAUAGGGCACUACUUUUGACCAGAGCCCUAUGUGGGUCCUGGUCAAAAGUAGUGCACUAAAUAGGGAAUAGAAUGCAUUUCGGAUGUUUCACCAGAGUCAGUCUGACUUGCACCUGACUAAGAAGCAUCCCGGUUUGACGCCCCCUGUAGGCUACUCCACCAAUAAGGCCCUUUUACAGUCCAAAGUUACGCAAAUCUAAUUUUGUUCUUCCCUCACAUUCCAUUAUAUUUAUUUACUAUUUUUAGAGUACAAAAUAACCUUUAUCUGAAAUGGAUACAUUUUUUUUAUGUAAAUACAAACUAUGUAAUUUAAAAGAAAACAGUAUAGAUGGGUUAGCUGACAACGUCACGAAAACUAUGUGCGCUUUCAUGGGGCAUAAGUCAGCGUGUUGCUGUGAUUCUGGAUGGCCAGAUUGCUAGCAAGAAUGACAAGAAACUGCCAUGUGGGGAAUUGUA